AUGAAUAUUGCAGUUGUUCAGCUGGCUAGUUGGAAACCAGAUGUUUCUAGUGCAGAAGCAGUUCAACCUACAGUGUCUGCUGCUCUGUUCAAACACUUUGUUAGUCAACCUUCCAUCACAACUCAUGUCAGUCAGUCGAGUGCAGUUCCUAUUGCAAUCUGCGCUUCUCCAGACGGACUGCUCUGCGCUGUUUUGUUUUCUGGACUUUUGGAUAUCCGGAAAGGCUCUCUCUGUCUGUGUCUGCUGCCACUUCCUGUCGAUGUGUUUCCUAAACGGCAGCAGCUCGCUUGGUGUGCUGAUUCAAGCUUGAUUGCUGUUUCGUUUAGCAAUGGGUCGUUGCUGGUUUAUUCGUUGUUGUCUGGAUCUUGUUUGUGUGAUAUUCAAACUGGCACUCGUCUGCACACUAAUCCAGACGAUAUGAUCAUGUCGUCUUUGUUCAUCCAACCGCACAGUGUUUUGCUUUUUCACGAUUUACAAGACUGUAAUCGCCAGAUGGCCUCCAACUCGGAUGAACCCCUUUGCAGAUCUAUCUGGCUUUUUAGUGUUUCUUACAAUGGGUUGAUCACUGCAUUUAAAUUCAAUUUAGAUCCAUUGGACCUUGUACUGUGUUUGUAUGCAAGCUUCUCUGACAUCUACAGCACUGUUUCUACCGCUAUAUUCGUCGAUCGUCGUUUUCUUACUGCUGGAAAAUCCAGGACUUUAUCUGAAUCAAAAGACUUUGAUCAUCUUGUCUAUUGGGAUGUCGAUUUUUCAGACAAUAUACUCACAUUUUCUAACGCAUCGUCCAAGAUUCAGUUUACUCGUAAUCCACCUCAGUCUGCAUACACAUUGAAAAAUGCACUCUGUUUUGUAAACUCCCUUUGUUCACAAUACGGUAUAUUUAACUCAAACGUGGAUCUUGUUGGUGCAACUCAAAUCAACUACUGCAGAUAUUAUAGUGCUUUGAUCGUGUUGGAUUCAAAUGGUCAACUUCGAUUGUACUCAUCUACAGAACUAAAGUUAAAAUGGUCAUCUGUCGAUGCAGCACUACCUCUUGGCAGCGUUUGCUCAGUCCAAUGUUUUGAUGGCAAAUAUAUUUUGGCUUGUAGUGAGAAUCGGCAAUUAUGGAAAGUUUCAAUCAACUCACUGUUGAUUGAUGAAACCAGCUCGGAAAACGAACCACCAAUAAUACCAUUGGAUAUGUUUUCAGACGCUCUCGCAGAAAUCUCCACGCCCGCUGAUGCUCAUUCAAUCUCAUACAUUCUUGCUUCAAAUGCAUGCUUUGAUACCGUAGAUCUUGUUUGCUUGAUCAAGGUAACACCAGAAGAAAAAAUCCUUUCGUUAAUGGGCUUGUCUACACCAGAAAAUAUCGCAGAAUUAUGUAGUCACUCCAGUAUUACCACGGAUCAAGUAUACAAGACACUUUGGGUUCAUUCACCGGAAAAAUCCCCAGAUUUGGUUUUCUCUUUCUUAUCAAAGGUUCAGGAUUUGGCUUUUGUUUUUCUUCAAGGUUUAGAUUCAUACGAAGAUCUGUCGCUUACACGAACACUGUUGCAACAUGUCAUUGAAAGAACAGACAUGAUUGGAUUGAACAAUGUGGAAGCGGAGCUGAACAAGGUGUUGGACAGUUACAGCGGGGCCUCUACUAUUGAAAAUACACCCACAAAUGAUUGGGGUGGCCUUUCUGCAACAGACGUGUGUGUUGCACGAAUUCGAGCACUAAAAUACCUAGAUCGCCUGAACACGUUUGAGGCUAUUUACCUAGAUGAUGCGGAUCCAAAAGACUUUAUAGCAUUUCGUGAUGCAGAUUUGGUGAUGCUUGCUUGUAAAUUCUCUUCAUCCCAACAGUUUGAUGCUCUUGAAAUUUUGUUUACACGGCACGGACAUGACAUACUACAGUAUAGGACAAGUCUGCUGGAUUUGAUUCCAGAAUGCACCGACCCUAAACUAUAUCAACAUCUUCUUCCUCGCAUUGAUCGCACUACUCUUUUUGAAACUCCGUGGCCUGUUAUCCGAUGGCGCAAGGCCGAUUGGAGCUCGAAUAAAGCCACAAAGGAAUUGCUUGAAUUACUUAUUCACGAUGAUCAUUCCAUAAAUCAGUCGGUUCAAAUAGGCUUACAGCCAAAUACAUAUCCUGCCAGUGCUGAGACGCUAGUUGAAUGGUAUCUAUCGAGAAUUAUCACGAUUGAAGAGUAUAGCGGUCUGAUUCAAUAUUCAAUCGAUUUUGCAAAAUGCGCGGUUGUUCGUGGUGUUCCAGAUGCAAAGAAAUUGCUGGAUCGGCUAGCAAUUCUUGGCGCAUUGCAAACACAACCGACUCGUACAAAUUCAUCUACUGCUUUGUCUGAGCAAUCUCUCUUGACUUUGUCUCAUGUAAUGCGUAUGGAGAUACCUGAUCUGGCUAUGCUUGUGUUGGAGCAAUCAAGCGAGCAAUCGAUCGUCCAAGAAAUGGAGGUGCUCAUUAAACCAAUACUGGGACUCGAGCAUUCAUUUAGCUCUGAUUGGAUGAUAAGGGGAUUGGCCAAGCUUUCAAAUCUUCAUCCCAGAGCUACACUUGCAGUGAUUCAAUCAUCAUCGCUUGAUGUUCUCUACGAAAAUCGGAUGAUAUCAUCACCAAUAGCUUUAGCUGAUGUGCUGCUUAUUGCUUGCCAUGAAUUUUUUUCAUCAAAGUGUAUUUUUGCUUACAAAGAGAUGCUGGCAGUCAUUGUGUCUGUUUUACACAGUGUACCUCAUUCGCCAACCCAAGAGAACGCGGACGAUACUGUAGCUCAACGGCUUGCAAGCCUUGAGCAUCUAAACACUCGAUUGGAAUGUUUGCGUUUCUUGGCUAAACUAGAUAUGUCUAUGUCUAUUUCAGAUGUACAGAAUUUGGAAUCGUCAGAAAAUGGACAGCUGCAACUUGUCGAAAAGAUUCCUCGUCGAGCACUUUCAUGUGAUUUUAUUAGUGAAAGUAAAAGGGAUCGGGAAACAAACCUUUAUAAUAUUUUAAACCAGGCUCUUCAAUUGCAGGCGCUUGGUAUAUUCAAGUAUAUUUCCCAAGAUGCUAUAUACUCCAGCUUUUUGAGUGCUGCGGUUUCUAAUGGAUUAUAUUCAUUUGUCAAAAUGAUACUACCAAGUACAAACUCAAAUACAACAAACGCAGCAUCUGUUCAACUCGUUCAACAGGUGCUUGUAUCCACUGCUCGAGAAAUGUUUGAUAAUGCCCAUUUGGGUAGUAAAUCAACUGGACUCUUGAAGGAAGCCUGGGAUUGUUUGAAUCUUGUUACACCAUCUGUUGAAAUGAAGCGCGAGCUUGAAUUGAUUGAUGCUGUUGAUGUGAUUGUUGGUAAACAUCAUCUUGUAGAUGAAAAAACUCGUUCUGAAUUAUUACCGAUCCAGAUUCGUUUCCAUCCUGAUCGCGUGGAUCUUCUUCGCCAGCUUCUUUCUGAAAAUCCUCAGCUCAAUGCCUUUCCAGAAAUGAUCAUGGACCUUGCUUGUAAACUUUGUGGAGAGACGGCUGCAGCCAAUACUAUCACUCAGCUACGAGUUCGAUCAUAUCUUGCCCAUGCUGCAAUCGAUGAUGGAAGUCUUGAUGUAGCUAGCUACUACUGUAACCAGUUGAUAAAGAUGUCAUUCACUGAAGGGCCAUCUACACAAUCAAAGAAUUCGCCACUGACCAACGAUGCAUUGGUAAAAAGCUUAUGUAACGUGUUUCAAAGACUUGCAGAAUCUAGCUGGUUGAAUUUACAGUUUGAUGAGAAGCUUCACUUGAUAUCUUGCAUUAUACAAAUCUGCCCAAUCACGACUCUAGAUUCGAUAAUUGGACUUUGGCGCAAAACUGAAUUUGAAUCAAUUUUAUGGGAUUCAAUGCCGAAAGAUACUCAACAUAAGCAACCGAGCCAUAGUACUACAGGGAAAAUCAUACCUUUAUUUGGUGGUGGACCUUUUAUAGCGUCCAACCCUGUUGAUACUCCUGAUUUUGAUGAACUUUUCAAAAAUCUUGCUGACAACCUUCCAGCCAAUCCAUUUGAACAUCGCGUUGAUAAGCUUUCACAGCAUGACUUUUAUUCGGCACCUGGAUGCACUCCGUCUGAUAACUAUUCUUUAACACAUCAGAUGUCAAGUUUUUCUUCAUUAUCCAGUAACAAAUUGUACAACGACAUUUAUUGUAUGUUGCGAUGCCAAGAAAUUCGGAGAUCUCAAAAGCAUAAUACAUCCAAUCUUCUUGGAACCUAUGCCAAUCUUGUCUGUGAAUCGGAUACCCUUCAAGCUCUUGCUGCUCUAUUUAGCUGUAACUCUAUGGUCGACAUGCAAGCGUUUUUUAAUCGAUUUGAGCCAUCUGAUUCUAUUGGUCAAGUUGCAGCACAUUUCUUUGCUCUAUCCGCACUUUACAAACUAAACGGACAUACUGGCACCUCAAACGACUUGUGGAAUGCAAAAUACACGGAAAUCAUGCUUUUUUUGACACAACGUACAUCCGAUACUAAUCAUAUAUCUAUCGAGCAUCAAGAUCAGGCAGAGCAACUAUUAAGUCUUUCAAAGUUGUACUCGUUUCAGGCUGAGCAUGCACGUAAUAGAGCUGUUACAGAUAUGCUAGCUUUGCGAUAUCAUGUGAAUCUAGAAGAUAUGGACAAUGACUUGGAAUACCGACGCUUAAUUUUUUCAAAUCUUUGUUUUACAAUCGAUGCUGCUCAGCUAGAAGAUUGUUUAGAAGCCGCCAGAUACUUUAAUUUUGACACAAUCGAGAUCUUAAACCAACAUAUUACGUGGCUGAUUUCAUCCAAUGAAGUCAAUGCAAUCCAGUUGUCUGCGCAACUACAAUGCAUAUCUGCUUUUUGGGAAAAUAGUUCAAAUGACUACUUUAUUUUACCCAACGAUGCAUUGAUAGUGAUUUAUCGAGAGCUAGUAGAACUACUUGGUGUCAAAAAAGAAAAUACUACAAAGGAUAUACAACAGCUGUAUUCUCGAAUCGCUCUUUUGGAAACCAUUCAAUCCUCUACUAUUCUUUGUGAUUUGACGUUGCCUUCAUUACGUAGUGCUAUGAUGGAUGAAGCAAAAGGAUUUGUUUGUUUAUGGAAAACACACUCGAAUUUUGAACGCUUUGACGCUUUGUUGGUUCUGCUUACAAGACUCGACUCUCUUUACCCAUGCCCACUUUUUUCAGAUGAAAUGGGCAUUGCCGAUAUCCAUAUUGACCAAAGCGCAAUAUCUAGCAACUUGUUUUUUGUUUUUUUGGAUGCUUCGUUGGCAGACAUGAUAAUCAAAUGGGAGUUGAUGAAUUCUGAAAGUGUAAUGUCGUUGGUAUCUUAUGUUCAUAAAGGAAUCAAGGUCAUGCAGCCAUCGCAUGUUUUUGAAAUUGGUUCUCAACUAGUUGUCGGUGAAUUGGCAAGUCGCUUGAUGCUGGACAUUCGAAAAAGCACGUUGGAUCUUUUAAGAAAUUAUCUUGCUGAAACCAGUUUUGUGGAAGCUCUUUAUCCACUAGAGAUGCACAUGAGCAUUCUUUUGGCUCUUUCGCACAUUGACACUGAGCUGCACCUUCCUGGUGGGAUUUUCACCACUUUUAUUCUUGAAAUUGAUUGUGCUUACAGAGAUGUUGAAAAGAUCACUGCAGCACUGUUUAGUCUUAUUAGAUCAGAAAUUGAUGGACAAACUGUUGAGCGCGUUGUCAAUGCCAUUCAACUAGGUUUUGUAGAAACUCAGAGCACUUGGUCUAUGCCCUAUCUUUACAAACAAGCGGCCAUUCAAUAUCUCGAGCUGAUUGACAGCAAUUCCAGUGACAAUGAUCCUCAACUACUACUAUUUGAGAAAUGGAUAGACUUUGUGUUGAAAGACUGCUCCACUAAACCUCUUGCAUCAGUUUCUGGCUGGGAUGACGAUGAGUUUGACGAUUUAGAUAUUUCUAAUAGUCAAGAUGAUAUAAAACACGAAUUAGAAGUUGUGCUCGAUUCUGCAGUGCAAGGACACUAUCAACUAUCUAAACCUGGAUAUAUAACUUGUCAUAAACUUCUUGAAAAGCAUUUUGAAAUCAAGCAGGACAGGGCUGUUGCUGCAAGUGUUGCCAUUCAAAAUGCCAAUAUUUUAGCUUCUUGGGGACUGGUGGUACAAUCGGAUCAACUUUUGACCAGUGAGGCUCGCAUAGACUAUGUAUCAGUUCUUUUGGAAAAAACAUCAACAGAUGAGCAAUAUAUUUGCCUGUUUAAUCUAUUGGUGGAUUGGACAGUGACCGAUCAAUUGUCAGAGACUUUUAAUAGCCAAACUGUUGAACAUAUGUGGAUGAAAGUGUUUAGGCAUCUUGUUUCAACAGGCCGUGACAAGUUGCUUUUCUUUAUUAUGUUGCAUUUGCGACAGGUGUUAGUUUUUGAUGACAAGGACUUGCUACAAUCUAUUCAAGACCAGCGAGAUCUUGCUAGUUUCUAUCAAUUCUCAUUGAUAUCAUUCAACUUGGAAACUGUAUCAAAAGCCUUGCAAGAGUUUAAAGACAUGCUGAUUGCCUCGAAGGAUUUUGAAGAAUUACUUUUUGUGAAUCCUACCUUGCUGUUGCUCGUGCUCGCCUAUGACCGUGGUGAACGUGAUGCCUGGGUCAUUGAACAUGUUAUAAACUGGACAAAACUAUGCGAAACCAUACUUUCAACCUCACCUGGAGAUAUUCGAAUCAGCGAAGCACGGCAUCAAACUCUUGUAAUAUCAUUGAUUGCUGAUCUUUGCAUCAAAGAGCGUUUUUUUCACGCAUCCCGGCUUGCUCAACUUUAUCUUGGUGUAGAUGACUUUGCACUACAUAGUGUUGGCUCUCACAUUUCUCUCAUUACAAAAACUUUGACACUGAUAGAACAUUCCAGCCAAGCGUCCCACUCACUUAUUUUGCAGCCAAUAACUCAACUUUCUGAUGUUGGAACUCGAUCGUCAAAUUUGCUAGAUCAUUGGAAACAGUUUGGUCAUGAUGCACCAAUUUUGGAAAAAUGCACUCCAUUGAGUAGUGUGUCGGACAAUAUUUCUGUACCAUUAUUUCAUGAGCAAAUUCAACGUGCUUUAGAUUUGAUUCGGUUGCGCUUUUCGCAAUAAUGCUGAUUUUAUAACCAAAAUAAAUAUACUAUCAGAGAGC